UUUAGAAGAAGAAGAAGGAAGCGUUUGAGUCUUCCGGUUGUCCAAGAUUGCGCGGAGUAUAUUUCAGUGAAACUGCUAUGGAUAAGAUACGAGGCGCUACUCAGCAGGCGGCGAGCGGGUGCUGAUGGGGGACGAAAAGGACACCUGGAAAGUGAAAACACUCGACGAAAUUCUCCAAGAGAAGAAACGCAGACGGGAGCUGGAGGAGAGUACGGAGCCCAAACGUCUGAAAAAUUGCGUUCCGUGCCCUGUUCCACAGACGGAUGAUCGGGAAGCCAAACGGGACACUCCGGAAGAAGGAGAACUACGGGAUAAAAAAAUGGAAAUAACAAUCCGGAAUUCCCCGUACAUACGGGAAGAUUCCACCGAGGACAGGGGCAGCCUGUUUGUUGAGUCGUUGGCACUAGACAGUCUUCCCAAUUCCAGGGGAGAAGAGGAUGAAUCGCUGGCAAUAAAGCCUCCCCAGCAAAUUACCAGAAAAGACAAAUCUCACCACAGAAAGGAGGAGAAAAGAAAGGACAAGAGACGCCGCCGCAGUCACUCUGCUGAAGGAGCAGCAGGGAAACGCGUUCGGCCCAAAGACAAGGACAGGGAGAGUGAGCGCAGAAAGCGGCAGUGGGAGGAGCAGGACAAGGCCCGGCGAGACUGGGAGAGGCAGAAACGCAGGGAACAGGCCAGAGCACAAUCCCGCAGAGAGAGAGCUCCUGACAGGAUUCCCCCGUCUUCCCCGGACUACAGGGACAGGUUGGAGCAGGUGGAGCGCCAGCGCGAGAGGGACCGCAAGCUCCGCGAGCAGCAGCAGAAGGAGCAGCGUGAGCAGAAGGAGAGGGAGAGAAGGGCAGAGGAGCGCCGGAAAGAGCGCGAGGUGCGCCGAGAAGUUCCGUCCCACCACCGUGCGCUGCCCGAUGAGUACGGUGACAAGCCCAAACAGAGCCACCGCAGUCGCAGCCCCAACCCCAACCCCAACCAGACUCCCCGGGAUAGACUGGAGCAAAACAGCGAGCCACACAGAACUGGUGCAGCAAAGGAUGAGAAGCCUGAGGACAAGGACCUUCUCUCUGACCUCCAGGACAUCAGUGACAGCGAGAGGAAGACCAGUACAGGAGAGUCCUCCUUAGGUUCAGGGUCAGGCUCUGAUGAGGAGAAUGAUGAUGGAUCUAGCAGCGAGGGAGAGGAAGAGGAAUCGGGUUCGGGCUCAGGAGAAUCUGACCAGACUGCAGGUGACGUGAGUGAAGAUGAGCGGUCUGAGGAAGAGUUUGAGGAAGAAAGAGAGAACAGCAACCAUAUUGCCCCAGUUGUAACUGCCCCCUCAUUAACCAUCCCAGUGCCUGAGUCCCGAUUUGACCAUGACACUGAGGAAAGUGGAGAGGAGGAGGAGGAGGAGGAGGAAGAGGACGAGGAGGAGGAGGAGGAAGAAGCAGGGGAGGGUGAUGUCACCCCCCAGUCGGUGUCUCACUCCCACUCAGCCACCCCUGAACUAGAGGAGAACUACAUCCCUGACUCUCCUCCUAUCUCCCCGGUGGAGCUAAAGAAGGAGCUGCCCAAGUACCUGCCAGCUCUACAGGGGUGUCGUAGUGUCGAGGAGUUCCAGUGUCUAAAUCGUAUCGAGGAAGGGACCUACGGUGUGGUGUACAGGGCCAAGGACAAAAAAACAGAUGAGAUUGUGGCCUUGAAGCGUUUGAAGAUGGAGAAGGAGAAAGAAGGUUUCCCCAUCACAUCUCUGAGAGAGAUCAACACCAUUCUGAAGGCCCAGCACCCCAACAUCGUCACUGUCAGGGAAAUUGUUGUUGGAAGCAACAUGGACAAGAUCUACAUUGUUAUGAACUACGUGGAGCACGACCUGAAGAGCUUGAUGGAGACCAUGAAACAGCCUUUCCUGCCAGGUGAAGUGAAGACCCUGAUGAUCCAACUGCUGCGAGGUGUUCGCCAUCUCCACGACAACUGGAUCCUCCACCGCGACCUGAAGACCUCCAACCUGCUGCUCAGUCACAAGGGGAUCCUUAAGGUGGGUGACUUUGGUCUGGCCCGUGAGUAUGGUUCUCCCCUGAAGCCCUAUACACCUGUGGUGGUGACACUGUGGUACCGUUCGCCGGAGCUGCUGCUGGGAGCCAAAGAGUACUCCACAGCUGUGGACAUGUGGUCUGUGGGCUGCAUAUUUGGAGAGCUCCUUACCCAGAAACCUCUCUUCCCUGGAAAAUCUGAAAUCGACCAAAUUAACAAGAUAUUUAAGGACUUGGGGUCGCCCAGCGAGAAGAUUUGGCCGGGCUACAACGAGCUCCCUGCCGUGAAGAAGAUGACUUUCACAGAGUACCCCUACAACAACAUGCGCAAGCGCUUCGGAGCCCUGCUAUCAGACCAGGGCUUUGACCUCAUGAACAAGUUCCUCACCUAUUGCCCCAGCAAGAGGAUCCUGUCGGAUGAGGCACUGAAGCACGAGUAUUUCCGGGAGACGCCGCAGCCCAUCGACCCGUCCAUGUUCCCCACCUGGCCCGCCAAGAGCGAGCAACAGAGAGUGAAGAGGGGCACCAGCCCGCGCCCCCCCGAGGGAGGCCUGGGCUACAGUCAGCUGGGUGACGAUGACCUGAAAGACACCGGCUUCCAUCUGACCACCAGCAACCAAGGGGCUUCUGCUGUGGGCCCAGGGUUCAGCCUCAAGUUCUGAGCUGCACAUGGAGGACAGGACACCCUGUGUAUGCAAAAAGAGAGACUAGCAUGGUCACCUGACCAGACAAUGAAUCAUGGGACAUGUAGGUUUUAAUGUGGCUGGGCUUAUUGUGGGAAUGACCUCCGGUGUCAGGGGUCAGCUUACUGCCCUCACUGUGACACUGUGAGGGUACAGACUGGUCAUGACAUGAACAACGGACAAAUCCGCUUAAUGUCUCUUUCCGUAUGGAUGAAUCCCAACAGUUAAACAGUCACUUCUUUUAACAUUCUCGACUCUGACAAGUGCAUCGAAACCAAACUACAAUUUGUCAGUAGCUUAGCUCAUGUUGGCUUUUUGUUUUUGUAUUCAGUCUUUUUUUUACACUGCGGAAAAGGACCAGAAUUUAAGUGGUUGGUAUUUUUUGAGUACUGGAGCUACUGUAUAAUAAUGAAGCAGCGUUAGAUCCAUGUCAAUCCAUCAUAUUGUAAGGACUUAACUGUGUGACUGAUGGUUAACAUACCAGGACAUGUUUUUGCUAGAAAUAAAAUGUAAAACUCUUUUGCUGGCAUUUAUAAAUGCUGUCUGAGCUAAGCAAACAGCACCACACACUGCCUGCCAAAGAAAAAAAGAAAGGAUGUCGAGUCCAACAAAAAUUCCAGCCUUGAACCCGGCUCUAUAGUAACCGUCCAAGAGUGAUGUCCUCCUUUGCCCUGCACGCUAUGUCUCGGCAGAUUUCAGGGGAAGGAGCCCCUGAUUGUCUUUGUUAUUGAAGUGGCUCAUGAUUUUUAGGACUAAACCAUCAAGUUAUUUGAUUUCUUGCGAGAGGAAAAUAAACCUUACAUUCUCAUUCUUGGGAUACGGCUGGCUGCUCGGACUGGAACAGUUGAAAAACUUUCCCUCGUAUGGGUACUCCUUAGAAUCAGCAGAAAUUUACAUGCAUUAAUCAGUUUAUCUGCAAGUCCCCUCUAAGCCCUUCUGUGGAGUAUUACACCUGAUGUGUCAAAUGAGUAGGCGAAGCAUUGUGGCCACCUAAAGGAUAACUAACCUAGCUGGAUGUCGUAGGUGUUUCAUAUCUAAAUAAAGGUCAAAACAGUU